AUAAAGGCAGUCAGCCGCCCAGCGAGCAAAUCACUGCUUCCAUUCACUCCUGAGCUAACCUUCUCUGUAGGACAACAUGGUGCUCAAGUCUGUCACAGAAAGCUUCGCCAGACUGAUCCACGGCUUGAAAGUGGGGCACCUUACAGAUCAAGUUAUUCAGAGGAGCAAGAGGAUGAUUCUGGAUACCCUUGGAGUUGGGUUCCUGGGAACCAGUACAGAGGUGUUCCGCAAAGCCAGCCAAUAUAGCAAAGUCUAUAGUUCCAACAUAUCCAGCACUGUUUGGGGUCAGCCAGGCUUCAGGCUCCCACCUGCAUAUGCUGCUUUUGUUAACGGUGUGGCUAUUCACUCAAUGGACUUUGAUGAUACGUGGCACCCUGCCACUCACCCUUCCGGGGCUGUCCUUCCUGUCAUCACAGCUUUAUCAGAAGCUCUGCCUCAGAGUCCAAGGUUUUCUGGCCUUGACCUGCUGCUGGCUUUCAAUGUUGGUAUUGAAGUGCAAGGCCGAUUACUGCAUUUUUCCAAGGAAGCCAACGACAUUCCAAAGAGAUUCCAUCCACCCUCGGUGGUAGGAACUUUGGGUAGUGCGGCGGCUGCAUCCAAGCUUUUAGGACUCAGCUUGACAAAGUGCCAAGAGGCUCUGGCCAUUGCUGUUUCUCAUGCCGGGGCACCCAUAGCGAAUGCUGCCACUGAGACCAAGCCCCUUCACAUUGGCAAUGCUGCCAAGCAUGGGAUAGAGGCUGCUUCUCUGGCAAUGCUGGGUCUCCGAGGAAACAAGCAAGUCUUUGACUUAGAGGCAGGUUUUGGGGCCUUCUAUACCAACUAUUCCCCCAAAGUCCUUCCAAACCUAGAUUCCCACACUUGGCUGCUGGACCACCAAGAUGUGGCCAUCAAGAGUUUUCCUGCGCAUCUGGCUACCCACUGGGUGGCAGAUGCAGCAGCAUCUGUGAGAAAGCAUGUGGUCACAGACGGAGCCCAGUUCCCCACUAAGUGCAUUGAGAAAGUUGUACUCAGGAUUCCAGACAUCCAGUAUGUAAACAGACCCUUCCCAGACUCAGAGCACGAAGCCCGUCAUUCCUUCCAAUACGUGACCUGUGCCAUGCUGCUGGAUGGUGGCAUCACCGUCCCAUCAUUCCAAACACACCAAAUCAACAGGUCACAGGUGAGAGACCUUCUUGGUAAGGUAGAGCUGGAGCACCCUCCAGACAACCUGCCAAGCUUCAACACACUGUACUGUGAAAUAAGUGUCACCCUCAAGGACGGGACCACCUUCACCCAUCGGUCUGACACCUUCUAUGGUCACUGGAGGAAACCACUGAGCCAGGAGGACCUAGAGGCGAAGUUCAGAGCCAACACCUCCCGGGUGCUGUCCUGUGACACAGUGGAAAGUCUUAUAAAGAUAGUAGAAAAACUGGAAGACCUAGAAGACUGUUCUGCGUUAACCACACUUCUCAAAAGAUCCUCUCCACCAGAGUUGGCUUCAAAGUUGUCCAGCGUGUCAUAAUUCCACCACACAAUCUCUCCUACAGUUUACCAACAUCUAAAUGACUUUGCAUUUGGGGAGAUUUCAAUGAUUUGCUUUGUAAAACAAGGGUCUGCUGCUUGUCUUCCCAGGAAUAAAUGAAGCAAGAUACAUAGACAGAGUCCAGGAACAGGACACUGUCUAUGUGGAAGAAAUCUCAUCUUGUACAUUUUGUAGAACAGUUCAAAUUACCUAAAUUAAAAUGAUAAAUAUGUAAGAAAAAUUUUCCUAAGCUUUCAUAAGGAUGAAAUUCAAGUUGCCUGUGAUUUGCUUAUGAAAUUAAUCUUUUCAGAAGGAAAUUGCUUAUAUUGCUUAUAAAAUUAAUCUUUUCAGAGACAUUAUUUAUUAAUUUUGUGAACCUUGAGACCUUAGAGGAAUGUGACCCUGUGUGCCUAUUUUCUGAUGGUAAAGGGCUCUGGUCUGCUUUGCCACCAACAGAAUUCUUUUUUUUUCUUUUUUUUUUGAGAAUAAGAAAAAUGUAUUUAUUCUUUUAGUUCACCCAAAGCUGUAUAAUUAAUG